AUGUCCAGGUUGAAGCGGUCUCGAGCGUAUAUUAGUUUUGAUAAAGGUGUUGCCUGCGAUGACCUGAGUAAGCAAUCGCAAACUGGUUUAGACACCAAACAGUCGUUCUUUGUUUUUUCGAAUAGGAUACCUUCCCCAACUCAACAGUGUAAACGGUCGUCACUUCUGACUGAAGUGAAGACGGUUGGAUCUCCUACCAUUCAAAAUGGGAUUUUGGAACACAGCGAGAAGGUGGAACACUCGAUUGACGAGCCAGAAAUUACUUUUUGUGAGACACACAAACACGAAGAAGAGGGUAAUGUCUUUGAUUUUGCGUUCUGA